UUUCUCCCCUGGACAAACCCGGAAGUAGUAUGUCGCUCUGUCUGGAAGCAGGAGAGCAACUCCGACAUCUGCAACCUUUCAGGUUUGUUGGAUAAAGUUGGCUUCCGCGUCUGAAAUCACCAUCUCCCCAGGUGUCAGUGUUGGUAAGGUCUGUGCAUGUGUGUGUGUGUAUGUAGUGAGUGUGUUUUGGGGUGAUGUACUGUACAUACCAGGAUCGGGAGGAGUUGGAGGAUGAUAUCUACCAAGACGACUCUGAGGACCCUGAGGGGUCCGAGGCCAACAGUGAGCUGGAGUUCCACCUCUAUAGCCAGCUCCACUACUCUUCUAAUGUUGGGGAGAUGGAGGAGCAGGAGGACGUAGGAGAGGAGGUGAAGGGCCAGGACAGCCAGCAGCUUGAGGUGGCUGAGAAGACUGCAGAUGCUGACAGAGAACAGGAAAAUACUGGUGAAAGUAGGCCCGUGUCACCCAGUUUGAGCCAGUUACUGCAACACCUGAAGAAGAAGAAGAAGAAGAAGGAAGAGAAGCGAGAUAAACAGGAGAAGGGAAAAAGUAACCCGGAAGUCCGGAUAUCGUCGUCAUCACUUUAUGAGGAGGUCAUCGUGAUUGACUCCAGCCCCGAUGUCAUCUCCAUCUCUGAGGAUGACACUGCCGAUGAUGAUGAUGAAGGGGUCUGUGCCUUAAAGGGUAAAGGCUUCCAGCGGCUGCAGACUUCCACCCCGGCCCAACAGAGAACCCAGAAACAGAAGAGGAGUCUCAGUGUGCCGGUGACUGUGGACUCGAGCAGCUCAGAAUCUGACUCAGAGGAAUCCGAAUCAAAGUCCGAGAUUGAAUCUGCAUCUGAAUCGUCUGAUUCCUUUGAUUCUUCUGAUUCGGAUGGUCUGGAGAACUGGAUGAUCCUGGGUCCAGGGAACCAGGAUGGAGACCAGACCAUAUCACUCAACCUGGAGGGAGGGUCCGACAGCAAUGCAGAUGUUGAAGAAGAAGCCGGCAGCUGGUUGGUUUCUGAAAAGGACAGGGAGGCUCAGAUCUAUAACAAAGACAAGGGGGCCAGGAUAGCGGUGCACCGGUUGUCAAACAGAUACUAUACUGGCAAGAACGUCCAUUGUCGAAACUGCAACAAGACCGGACAUCUCUCCAAGAACUGCCCUGAGCCCAAAAAGUUGUUGUCCUGCUUCCUUUGUGGCACCCCAGGCCACCUGGCCAGUGAAUGUCCCAAUAAACACUGCAACAACUGCGGCCUGCCUGGGCACCUCUAUGAUUCCUGCAGCGAGAGAGCGUACUGGCACAAACAGUGCCAUCGCUGCAGCAUGACGGGGCACUUCUUUGAUGCUUGUCCAGAAAUCUGGAGACAGUAUCACAUCACGACCAAGACAGGUACACCUAUGAAGCAGCGUGGAGAAAACCCGGGUCGAACCACUGUCUACUGCUACAACUGCGCCAGGAAAGGACACUUUGGCCAUGAAUGUACACGGCACAGGAUGUUUAAUGGGACGUAUCCCAGCACCCCCUUCAUCAACCACUAUGACACUGUGGAGGACAUCAACCGCAGACAUCACAGGAUAAAGCUGAAGUUUAAAGAACUGAAGAAAAAUGGCCUUUUCCCUGCCAGUGCCCAGACCCCUCUCACUCCAGGACCGCCAAAGAAGAAACAGAAAAUCAUCUCUCACAAAAACAACCAGACCCCUAACCAUACACCUUACCAAAGGUCCAACAACCACAAACCCAGCCCAAGUCAUAUCUUUUUUAAUGACGACAAUGACCAUAGGACCCCAGCACCCAAAACAAAGAAGUACAAACAGCAGGAAGGCACCGGCAAUGUGAAACCAUGGAAACCCAAGAGACCAGUGCCCACCUCAAGAGACCAACCAACUAAACUAAUUGUGGAUGAAGCACAUGACUUUCCCAGAGGGGGAGGCAAAGAAGAAAACACAAAGGAGAAGAAGAAGAAGAGAAACAGGAUGAAGAAAACGAAGCAAGCUCCUUCAGUGACACCAGAUGGACAUGGAGACAGCAGGCCAGACCGUCUCUGUUGGACUGUAACUAGAGAGAUGCAGGGGUCAAAGCAAGAGAAAGGAGAUAAGAAGAGGAAGAGGAGAAAUAGAAACCGCAGAAUUGCUGACAAAAAACGUGAUGCACAGAUGUACCCGACAGAUGAGAACCUUUUUAUCAUCAAACAGAGGAAACGCAGCAGAUAGCAUGAGUUUAUGUGAGGUGUGGGUGUCAGCGCUGUGAAAGUAUGUGUUCCUGGCAUUUAGGGACAUGUCAGACAUCUUGUUGACUCAGGUCUCGCUGCACAACACCAGCGCUGUUUCAGGGGGUUCAUAGGCCUUUUUCACAUUUUGAAAUGUCACCUAAGGUAUAGCACAGGUGUGAAGGGACAUCGCUACAGCUCGCAAAACCUGUGAGCACCUGACUAAUAUUUUAAGACAUUCAUCCUUUAAUGCAUGUAGUUCUGCCUGUGC